AUGCUCACUCUCACAACACACUCUCCCUCAAAUCCCAAGGAGGAAUUUGAGUUAGAACUUUUAUCGGAACGCCACAGUGGGUGGUGUCCGUACUCUCUUGCCGUUCAAAGACGCCUCAAGGUAUGGCUUCUCCAAAUUUCCUUUGUUGCUGCAUCGUCUCCAACUUUAUUCCGUCUUUCUCCUUCACACGUCCUAACUUCCCGCUUCCGUCUCCAUUCCCAUUGGACAAAUCCUCAGAACAUUGAAGAGGCUGUCUCUUCUUUCCAUGGCCUGCUUCAAAGCCAUCCCCCACCGUCUAUAGUCCAAAUUACUAAGAUUUUAGGAUAUGUUGCUAGAACGAAACAUUAUCACAUUGCUCUCUCCCUUUUCGCACAAGCAGAAUCUAAGGGAUUCACGCCAGGUUUGGUAACACUGAGCAUCUUAAUUAAUUGUUACUGCCACGUGGGUCAAAUUGCUUUUGCUUUCUCUGCCUUAGGCAAGAUUCUUAAGAUAGGCUGUCAGCCAGAUACGGUUACUCUGAAUACACUAAUGAAGGGCCUCUGUAUCAAUAAUGAGGUCGGGAAGGCCUUGGAUUUUCAUGAUGAUCUGAUAGCAAAAGGGUUUCAGUUAAAUGUAGUUAGCUAUGGCACAAUCGUCAAUGGCCUAUGCAAGAUGCGAAAAACAAGAGCUGCGGUUAAAUUGCUCCACAAAAUUGCUAGAGGGCCGGUUAAGCCUGAUUUAAUUAUUUAUAAUACAAUUAUUGAUGGCUUUUGCAGAGAAAGGCUUAUCACUGAAGCCUGUGGUUUAGUUCAUGAAAUGAUUGAUUACGGUAUAGCUCCUGAUGGCGUGACCUACAGCUCUCUCAUACGUGGCCUUUUUGUCAUGGGUAAAUGGUCAGAAGCUGCAAAGUUGUUUAAUCAAAUGAGUCAUGAAGGCAUCAACCCUAAUGUUCAUACUUUUACUAUACUGGUUGAUGCAUUUUGCAAAGAAGGAAGUGUUACCAAAGCUGAAGCUGUUAUUGGUUUGAUGAUGAAGUGUGGUAUAAAACCUAAUGUAGUUACUUGCAGCACUUUAAUGGAUGGUUACUGUUUGAUUAAUAAUGUUAGUGAGUCAAGAAAUCUAUUCAACAAGAUGGUCCAGAGUGGUUUGGCUCCUAAUGUUAUUAGUUAUAGUAUUUUAAUUAAUGGACUCUGUAAAAUCAAGAUGGUGGAUGAGGCCAUGGAUCUCUUUAUGGAGAUGAAGAGCAAAAGUUUGACUCCCAAUAUUGUCACCUAUAGCUCUCUUGUUGAUGGUUUGUGCAAAUCCGGUAAAAUGUCCUAUGUGCAGGAUAUUAUUUAUGAGAUGUAUGAUAGAGGUCAGGCCCCAAAUAUAAUAUUUUAUAGUAUCUUGUUAGAUGGAUUGUGCAAAAGUGGUCAUCUUGAUCAGGCUAUUACAUUAUUUCAGCGAAUUGUUGAUCAUAAAAUGCAGCCUGAUACAUGCACAUAUACUGUACUUAUUAGUGGUUUGUGCAAAGCUGGUAGAUUAAAUGAUGCGUGGCAGAUUUUUCAGUGUCUUUUGGUCAAUGGCUAUCCUUUGAAUGUCCGAGCAUAUACUGCAAUGAUGAAUGGACUCUGUAAAGAGGGUUUGUUCGAUGAGGUUAAGUCCUUGGCUUCUACAAUGAAGGAGAAUGGAUGCUCACCUAAUUUUGUAACCUUUGAUGGAAUUAUUAGACCUCUUUUGGAAAAAGGUGAGAAUGAUAUGGCAAAGGAUGUACUAGAUGAGAUGUUCACAAGAGGUCAAGGUUAGAUACUUUGCUUCAGAAUUAUUUGAUUGUUGAUGCUCACUUUUGUGAUGAAAUUUGCUGUAAUAUUCAACAGAUUUGUUUCUUCUAAGUAAACUUUGCGGAGUUUAUAACAGCUGACUGCAAUUGCCCAUG